AUGGCCAACCCCCCUCGUCGCGACAUGACUUCGUUACAAAGCCAGGUAGAUGCCGUCAAGGCAGCCGCCGCCUCACCAUCCACUUGCAGCUCAACCACCGUUGUCACCCUCAGGAAGCUCCUGCUCCCCGAGACGAACGCGAAGACGACGACGCGCGCCCCCACGAAACAGAACGAGACGACUAAGAUAAAGACGUCGAAGGCAGCAGCCUGUGGCGGGUUGACCGAGUCAUUGAGCACACGAGACCGAGCAGCCCUCGCGACACACAUCAUCAAUGUCACGAUCAAGUCCCUCACAGAGGCAGCUAAGCUCACGGCGCCGCCGCCACCAACCACGCCGUCCAAGAAGCAGCAGCAGCAGCAGCAGCAGGAAGAGGUCCCUCCCCCCCCCACCACAGCCAGCAAGAGGACGUUGCAAAGAUCCGCGUCGACACCCAUGUCACCGCUCCAACCGCGGACACUCAACAGGGUGGCAACGUCUCCCAACGUCGCUUCCCUAGCGUCGAAGGGCGCGUCGUCCGAUCCGACGAACCACCAGUCGACAAAAUACCUGGCUACAGCAGAGUGUGCGCGCCUCGCGCUCGCGUGCCUGCGCUCGAUCAAGGGCGCCAUAAAGCUGGACCAGACCGAUUUUCAGGUUGAGAAUGGCAUGUCGACGCUCGCUACCAAGCUGGUCGCCAUCGGGCUCAACGAGCUUGCCCUCAAGGAGUUGAGGGUUCUAAAGCGCAGGCUUGAGGACGGAGGAGGGGCCGAGGAAUCGUCUGAUGCAUCCACCGAUGCCGCUGCUACUUCUAGGGCCCCAUUGACCGUGUGCGACCUCCUCGAUUACCGUGGUCUUGUCUCGCAAAACAGCCUCGCCGUCGUGGCCUCCUGUCAGAUCCAGUCGCUCAAAUUGAUUGCCACCUCGAAGAAACCGGCCCACAUCGAAGCCAUCGUUCCCUUUCUCCGCGACUCGAAUUCAUACUCCCCCGCCAAUAUACUGGGGAAGUUUGCCAAGACUGGUGGCGGCGGCGACGCCAACGCGACCAAGGCAGCGCGUCAGCUGGCCUCGUUAUCGCAGACCCUCCUCUCCUUAGCACCCAGCGUCUCUAGCAGCGAGGACAAUGUGGCCAUGGAACCGAGGCUGAGUCCGUCACCGGUCGUGGCAUUCGAACUCCAAGCCCUCGCCUUCAAGACACAGCUUACAUGGUGGAAGUUGGCAGGGCACCAGGGAAAGAUCGACAACGACAUCAUGUCACCCUUCUCCCGCUGCGUGCGGUGCCUCAUCCGACGACAGCCGCAGACCGACGACUCGACUUAUACCGCCAUCUCAACCGCCUUUGACGACCUAAUGGCUAUGGUGCGUGCCCAGAAGCACGAGCCCGACGCCUCCCUCUCAUCACCACUCGCCACCAUCUAUCACGCUCUCGGUUCGGCUGCCCACUCCUCCCGCCGGUACGACGAUGCCUACCGUUGGUACAGCACACUCAAGGGUUUCGGCGGCCCCGAAGACGUGACCUCCGUCCGCGCGUGUUCUGUAUCCGCACGCCUCCUGGCUGCGUCCCUGAAGCGUAGCAAUAUUGGAACCUCGGACGAGGAGCUGUUGGAUGAAGUCGCCGAGGGAUUCAACGCGUCUCUGAGCGGUACGGCCAGCGAGGUGAAUGAGCUCCUCGACAGCCUCUCGAUUGCACGACGCUCUGUCGCUGGACUCCUGAUGAACAACUGGGGUGACAAGUCGUCCAUCUCCCCCACCCUCAAAGACCUCCUCAAGAAGUUCCUCCUCCGAUAUCCCCGCUUCCUCCUCCGGUGGCUUGGAACACCCCCCGUCAAGGAGGCCUCCACGAAGAGCAUCCUGCAAUUCGACCAGCGGCGGCAGGCCAUAAUGCAUUCCAUCAGCCAGGUUCUCGAUGGCGCCCUGACCGUUGCCAAGAAUGAGAUUGGCUCCAGCUCCAUGGAGUGGCAGCGCGUCGACGACGUCCUCCAGGACUGCACGCUCCUCCUCAACAACCUCCAUGAUCCAGCCACCUCGUCCGUCAAGAUGGAGCAGCUCGGCAGCUACCACGUCAAGAUGUCGGCACUCUACUUCACGGCGUUCUCUCAGCUGCGCAAGCGACCCGACCAGAGCAAGGCCAACAAGAAGCAGGCACUCCAAGCCUUGACUCGCUCCAUUGACGCCGUUAAGGAGCGCAGUGCCGCAGAUAAGGAAAAGGCCCAACUGCCGAUCAAGCUGGAGCUCUUCGCCGACUUGUGUAAGGGGUCUGGGCGCCCCGAAGAUGCGUCAAGGACACUGCGCUCUAUCUGCACCAACAUGGUUGAGGAUGGCGUGUUGGCGAGAGUGGCCACCGCGCUUGCGACGCAACCACCGCGUGUUGCAUGGGGCGUCGAUGACAAGGUGGCAACUCUGUCGCGCACCCUGCGAUCAAUAGCCAAGCUUGACGGCUCAUUCAACGACUGGACAUUUUUCCUUCCGGAGGUGGAACGUGCGGCCGUGCUGGAGCACCUGCUGCAGAUCAGCGUGGGGGAUACCUCGACCGACAACAAGCCGCUCAAGCUUCACGACGCUAGCAUGACGGCUCUCCUACGCAUAUACACACCCGACCGCUACCCCGUCCGCCGCCUGCGCGUCCUGCUCAAGCUUCUCUCACAGCAGUUGGGCAGCAAGGACGGCGUUGGCGAGAUUACCAAUCUGGUCGACCAGUCGCUGCGGUAUCUGCAGAAGAAGGAUCUGGUUGAGGACUCGUCUCUGGCGCAAUUCGUCCCUCACCUCCAGACGUACCACUCCUCGGUCAGGGCGCUGGCCGACAUGGACUCUCCCUUCCCCACGCCCGCCAUCCAGGACGCCGUGUCUACCUGGGCCACCAUGGUGGACAGGUGCCAGUCAGAGGGCGACGUCCUAGUCAGGAUCGACGAGCCUGACUCCCUGCUCGACCACCUGCUCGCCUGCGACAGGCUCGCUGGCCUCAAGGGCGAGGCCCGUCUGCAGGUAUCCAUCCUGGAGCUCGCACUCAAGCUGGCGAGGGCCUACACGGGCCCCAGCAGCGACGACCUCAUAACAUACCACUGCAGGCUAGCGUCACAAUAUAUGGACGUCGGCAUGUUCACCGAGGCAUCCAAGUCGCUGGGCGAGGUCAAGGAGAUGAUACGUCUGAGCGAGGGCGCGGCCGCCCCGGCUACGAUGGCCGACUUCUACCUCGCCCAGGCAGAGUACCUGGCUGGUAUCGAGGAUACGAGAGAGGCCAUGGAAUGCCUGACUAAAGCAAGCAGUGUCAGCAGCGCCGCCGCCUCAGCCCGGUCCAAGGCUCAGACGACGCUCUCGCUCUCUCAUACUUCCAUGGUGCAAUCCAGGAUCCUCAUGCGCACGGGAGACCUGCAGGGUGCACUACGCUCUGCCAGAUCGAGUGUCAAGUGGCUGUCGCAGGACUGGAGCAGGUUCGACGGGCCCUCGAUGCAGGUCAACACUGCUGCCCCCGAAACUGCUGGCAACGCCGGUGCUGCGGGUCUGAGAAGCAACGUGCUUGCAUCCUCCCAACCGCGCAGUGGACCUGAGAUCGCCUUUGGGCCCCGCCUGUGGUCUCUGGCCAGGCCUCUGUUCGACAGCCUGAUGCACAUCUCGUCUCUCUACGCCCACAUCGGCAUGUUCCAGGAGACGCUGUUCUACUGCGAGACAGCCGCUAAGAUUGCCGAGAGCACGGGUUCCAGUCUCCUCAAGGCCGAGGCCUCGGCUUGGGCGGCGUCGAUCUACGUUAGGGCCGACAUGAUCGAUCAGGCUGCUGAGAAGGCCAACCUUGUCGAGCUCAACAUGCCCAAGGAGCCCUGCGCGGCCCGCGUCAAGCUGGCCAUCCGCCUGGGAGAGAUUUACCGUGAGCUCGAGGACGAGGCCAAGUCGGCCGAGUUCUUUGCCCUAGCUGAAGAGACGACGAGGCUCUUGGGCCGCGGACAGGCGCAAGCAGCGGAAGCAGCCGGCGGGAAGAGGAAGAAGACGGCGGCCAAGAGAACGACGGCGACGAGGACGACGAGGACGACCAGAGCGGCGGCUGCCACGACGACGACACGCAGCACUACGAGACGUGCCCCUGCCGCCAAGCCGAAGGUGGCCGCCGUGCUGACCGAGCUGGCUUCGGUGCCCAAUGACGUGUACCAGGCGUCCCUCAUGGCUUCUGUGCUCCUGGCCAGGGCCAUGAGUGGCAUUCAACAGAGGGACUGGACGUCCGUGGCGUCGGCUCUGAAAGCUGUGCAGACGCUGCCCAAGCUGUUUGAGAAUGUGCGCCAGGAGCAGCUCAUCACCGCGUUCCAUUACCUCGGCACGAGCGUCGACCAGAUGGUCAACGACCCCGUCUUUUCCGUCAUGCACGACUCGACCAUCUCGUUCCCCGCCGUCCUACCGAGCAGCUCGACGGACAGGGCAGGUCGGGGCGCGCCAUCGACGAACGAUGGCAGGUCACCGUCUGCACCGCCUGCUCCGCGAAGAGGACGGCCUGGUGCGGCGGCGGCGGCAGGCACCGCCAAGGAAGUGCCUGCCUUUGCUGAGGCUCUCAACCACGCCCAGGCAAUCCUGCUCGAUGCGCAGGCUUCAGCUCUGGCAAACGGUGACAACGCGGUGAUGCACCGCAUCUCCAACCUCCUACAGAACACCGUCAUCUCCCUCACGGCGGCGUCGUCGUCGCCCAAGAUCAAGACGGCCAUCCAGACCGAGUCGACCACCGUGGCUGUCGAGGUGGCGCGCAACAUGACGUGGAAGAGGGAACAGCUGGUGAUCCAGUCGUGCAAGAGCGGGAACGGAAGUGGCAGCGAUGCUGCCGUCCAACAGCAAGCCGCAGGCGCAGCCACCUCUGCCCUGACGGAGAAGAUGGCCGGCCUAGGCCUGACGUCGGACAUGGCGCGUUUCCAGGACGAGUUUGUGGAGCUGGUUCCCGAGAACUGGAGCGUCGUGUCCAUCUCGCUCAGCGAUGACCAGCACGACCUGUGCAUCACCAAGUUCGAGGCCGGCCAGAGCCCUUUCAUCCUGCGCCUGCCCCUGGAGAGGGCCAACUCGCGCGACGCCGACUCGGACGUGUUCAGCUUCCCCAACGGGCGCGAGGAGCUGCUGGACAUUGUCAAGAACGCCAACCGCACCAGCCACAGCGGCGGCAGCCUGACGACCAAGGCGAGCCGCAACGCGUGGUGGGCCGAGCGCGAGGCGCUGGACGAGAGGCUCAGGGAGCUCCUGGCCGCCGUGGAGACGACGUGGCUGGGCGGGUUCAAGGGCAUCUUCUCGCAGCACCGGCGACGGCCCGACCUGCUGGCGCGCUUCCAGAAGAGCUUCCACCAGCUGCUGGAGCGGACCCUGCCCUCGCGCAGCGGCGGCGGCGGCGCCGCGGGGAACAAGAAGAGGGGUCGCAGGCCGGCGGCGGCGGUGACGCUGGACCCGCGCAUCCUCGACCUGUUCAUCGGCCUGGGCGACCCGGGCGACGCGGACGGCGACUUUGACGAGGCCCUCAACGACCUGCUCUACUUCGUCGUGGACAUACUGCAGUUCCACGGGGAGCGCAACGCCUACGACGAGAUCGACUUCGACGCCAUGAUGGUGGAGACGUACGACGCCCUCCGGGGCUACCACCAGGCCGCCUCGGUCGCGGGUGAGGCAGGGCGGGCCGAGGGCGCUCACACGAUCCUCGUGCUGGACAAGGCGCUGCACGCCUUCCCCUGGGAGUCGAUGCCGUGCAUGGGCGGGCUGGCCGUGUCGCGCGUCCCCUCCCUGGCUGCUCUACGACGACUCAUCACCGAGUCCAGGCCGUCGUCAUCCGGGAGCGGCGGCGGCGGCGGACACCGCGUCCCUGGCGGACACUACGUGUCACGCGAAGCAGGCACGUACAUGCUCAACCCGUCGUCUGAUCUGAAGAACACGCAGUCCUACUUUGAGCCGCCGUUCAGGUCGUCGCUCCCGGACUCGUGGACGAGGCUGGUGAACAGGGUGCCGACCGAGGCCGAAUUCGAGAGGGCGCUGUCGUCGUCGGACGUGCUCCUCUACUUUGGCCACGGCGGCGGGGCGCAGUACAUCCGCGGCAAGACGAUACGGCGGCUGGACAGGUGCCGCCCGGCGACGUUCCUCAUGGGCUGCAGCUCGGCGGCGCUGAACCCGGCGGGCGAGUUCGAGCCCUACGGACCGGUGUGGAACUACAUGACGGCCGGGUGUCCGGCCGUGGUGGGGACGCUGUGGGACGUGACGGACCGGGACAUUGAUCGCUUCGCCGGCCGGGCAUUUGAGGAGUGGGGACUGUUUGAGCGUGGGACGUUCAGGGAAAAGUCCAAGGGUCUUGCCGGUCAGGAUGACGGCAAUAACGAUGACAAUAACAAUAGCAGCCGCAGCAGCAGCGGCGGCGGCGGCGGCGGCGGCGGCGGCGGCAAGAUGCAGCUGGAUGCCGGCGAGACUGAGGACGAGAGUGCUGCCAUGACCCCUUCUCUGGCCGAGGCGGUUGUCCGUGCUCGUGCGGCCUGUCGGUUCAGAUAUCUCAAUGCUGCGUCGGUCGUCAUGUAUGGUAUUCCGGUAUAUAUCGACCGACAAUAA